AAGCAGCACCAAGACGUGUGAUGCAGUGAUAGCACCGUCCUGAAAAAACACAAACAUCUCGCGCUGAAAACCCGAAAACCAAGAGAAUAAAAAACGGAGCUUUUGUAUCUUUCUUUUCUAGGUUUUUCCUUUUCCUCAUUAACAGAUCGGCGAUACUCUCUUCCGAUCAUCUCCUUAACGUACACGUUAUCAACUUUGCUUAUCCUGUGCCAACUCCUUGGCAGAUCUACCAAUUUCUCAAUACCGUUUCAAUUUGCAAUGCUCGUUUCUUCUUGAUCCCCAAUCUCUCAGGAUUGCGUUUUGACUUUGGAUCUUGAGAGGGAGAGGGUGAAGAUGUUGACGAAAUUUGAGACGAAGAGCAAUCGGGUGAAAGGGCUGAGCUUUCACAGCAAGAGACCAUGGAUCUUAGCGAGUCUACACAGCGGCGUGAUCCAGCUGUGGGAUUAUAGGAUGGGGACUCUCAUUGAUCGAUUCGACGAGCACGAUGGCCCCGUCCGUGGCGUCCAUUUCCACAAGUCCCAGCCUCUCUUUGUCUCUGGAGGGGAUGAUUACAAGAUCAAAGUUUGGAAUUAUAAACUGCAUAGAUGUCUGUUUACACUUCUUGGGCACCUGGAUUAUAUACGUACUGUUCAGUUUCAUCAUGAGUAUCCAUGGAUUGUUAGUGCAAGUGAUGACCAAACAAUCAGAAUAUGGAAUUGGCAGUCUCGGACUUGCAUUGCAGUGCUAACUGGACACAAUCACUAUGUCAUGUGUGCCUCAUUCCAUCCUAAGGAGGACUUGGUUGUUUCAGCAUCCUUGGACCAAACAGUUCGUGUGUGGGAUAUUGGCGCCCUGAAGAAGAAAACAGUUGCCCCUGCCGAUGACAUCCUGCGUUUGGGUCAGUUGAGCCAGAUGAACACAGAUUUCUUUGGUGGGGUGGAUGCUGUUGUUAAAUAUGUCUUGGAGGGUCAUGAUCGAGGAGUUAACUGGGCCUCGUUCCAUCCCACUCUUCCUCUAAUUGUCUCAGGGGCGGAUGAUCGACAAGUGAAACUUUGGCGAAUGAAUGAUACAAAGGCUUGGGAAGUUGACACUAUGAGAGGGCACAUGAAUAACGUGUCAUGUGUUUUAUUCCAUUCAAGGCAGGACAUCAUUGUGUCUAAUUCAGAGGAUAAGAGUAUUCGAGUGUGGGAUGCUACCAAGCGUACUGGCCUUCAGACAUUUCGCAGGGAGCACGACAGGUUCUGGAUACUUGCAUGUCAUCCUGAGAUGAACCUUAUGGCUGCUGGUCAUGAUAGUGGCAUGAUUGUUUUCAAACUGGAGAGGGAACGCCCUGCUUUUUCUGUGAGUGGUGAUUCAAUGUACUAUGUUAAAGACCGGUUUUUGCGCUUUUAUGAAUUCUCAACUCAGAAAGACACUCAGGUGAUCCCAAUCCGUAGGCCUGGUUCUACCAGUUUAAACCAAGGGGCAAGAACACUUUCUUAUAGCCCCACGGAAAAUGCUAUUUUGGUCUGUUCAGAAUUGGAUGGAGGCUCCUAUGAACUUUACAUUAUACCUAAAGACAGUUUUGGCAGAGGUGAGUCUGUUCAAGACGCAAAAAAAGGUAUUGGUGGAUCAGCAGUUUUUGUUGCUCGAAAUAGGUUUGCUGUGCUUGACAAGAGCAGCAAUCAAGUAUUAGUCAAGAACCUUAAAAAUGAGAUUGUGAAAAAAGUUGCCAUUCCAAUUAUUGUUGAUUCAAUAUUUUAUGCUGGAACCGGGAACUUGCUAUGCAAAGCAGAGGAUCGAGUAAUUAUCUUUGACCUCCAACAGAGGAUGAUUCUUGCAGAGCUUCAAACUUCUUUUGUUAGGUAUGUUGUUUGGUCAAACGAUAUGGAGAGUGUUGCCCUGCUGAGCAAACAUUCAAUCAUAAUAGCCAACAAGAAGCUCGUGAAUCAAUGUACUCUCCAUGAAACAAUCCGUGUAAAGAGUGGGGCUUGGGAUGACAAUGGUGUCUUCAUAUACACUACACUGACUCACAUCAAAUACUGCCUUCCCAAUGGGGACAAUGGAGUUAUUAGGACCCUCGAUGUACCAGUGUACAUCACGAAAGUGUCUGGAAACACCAUGUGUUGCUUGGACAGAGAUGGGAAAAAUCGUGCCAUAGUAUUUGAUGCAACUGAGUAUGUAUUUAAGCUGUCCCUCCUGAAAAAGAGAUAUGAUCAUGUUAUGAGCAUGAUUAGGAGUUCUGAGCUCUGUGGGCAAGCCAUGAUUGCAUACCUCCAGCAGAAAGGCUUCCCUGAGGUUGCUCUUCAUUUUGUAAGGGAUGAAAGGACACGCUUCAACUUGGCACUAGAGAGUGGGAACAUCCAGAUUGCAGUUGCUUCUGCCAAGGAAAUUGAUGAGAAAGAUCACUGGUAUCGCUUGGGGGUGGAGGCCCUUCGGCAGGGUAAUGCAGGCAUUGUUGAAUAUGCUUACCAGAGGACAAAAAAUUUCGACAGACUAUCAUUUCUCUACCUCAUCACAGGGAACAUGGAUAAGUUAUCGAAAAUGCUAAAAAUUGCUGAAGUCAAGAAUGAUGUCAUGGGUGAGUUCCACAACGCUCUAUACUUGGGUGAUAUCAAAGAACGUGUCAAGAUAUUGGAAAAUGCUGGCCAUUUGCCACUUGCUUACAUCACUGCUGCAGUUCAUGGGCUCCAUGAUAUUGCUGAGCAUCUAGCUGCUGACCUGGGAGAUGAUAUUCCCUCUUUGCCUGAGGGUAGAUCUCCAUCCCUUUUGACACCUCCAAGUCCUGUCUUAUGCGGUGGAGAUUGGCCUUUGUUAAGGGUAAUGAGAGGAGUAUUUGAGGGUGGUCUUGAUAAUGUUGGCAGAAAUGCUCAGGAAGAAGAUGAAGAGGCUGCUGAUGCUGAUUGGGGUGAGGAUUUGGAUAUUGUUGAUGUGGAAAACAUGCCAAAUGGAGACGUCAGUAUGGCCCUUGUGGAAGAAGCACAUGAAGAGAAUGAUGAGGGAGGAUGGGAUCUUGAGGAUCUUGAACUUCCACCUGAAAUGGGUACUCCAAAAACUGCUGGCAAUGCUCAUUCAUCUGUUUUUGUUGCCCCUACUCCAGGUAUGCCUGUAAGUCAAAUUUGGAUCCAAAAAUCAUCCCUUGCAGCUGAACAUGCUGCUGCAGGCAAUUUUGAUACCGCCAUGCGUUUGUUGAGCCGGCAAUUGGGUAUCAGGAAUUUCGCUCCCUUGAAACAAUUAUUCCUUGACUUGCAAGUGGGCUGCCAUUCUUAUCUUCCUACCUUUUCCUCUGCCCCUGUCACUCUUGUGGCAGUGGAAAGAGGAUGGACUGAAUCAGCAAGUCCUAAUGUAAGAAGCCCGCCUGCUCUUGUUUUUAAGUUUUAUCAGCUGGAGGAGAAGCUCAAGGCCGGUUACAAGGCCACAACUUCUGGAAAGUUUACAGAGGCUUUACGGCUCUUUCUUAGUAUUCUUCACACCAUUCCUUUGAUCGUUGUUGACUCUAGGAGAGAGGUUGAUGAUGUGAAGGAAUUGAUCAUCAUUGUGAAGGAGUAUGUUCUUGGUUUGCAAAUGGAGCUUAAAAGGAGGGAACUUAAGGACAAUCCUGUACGUCAACAAGAGCUAGCAGCCUACUUCACCCACUGUAACCUUCAGCCACCUCACAUGAGACUGGCAUUGCUGAAUGCUAUGACUGUUUGCUACAAGAAUGGUAAUCUAAUGACAGCUGCUAACUUCGCAAGGCGAUUGUUGGAGACCAAUCCCACCAAUGAAAACCAAGCGAAAACUGCCCGUCAAGUCCUGCAAGCGGCCGAGAGAAACACGAACGACAAAGUCCAGCUGAACUAUGAUUUCAGGAACCCAUUCGUAGUUUGUGGGGCAACUUAUGUGCCUAUAUACCGUGGACAGAAGGAUGUCUGCUGCCCUUACUGCAGUUCACGGUUUGUUCCAUCCCAGGAAGGUCAGCUUUGUCCUGUCUGUGAUCUCGCAGUGGUUGGAUCAGAUGCAUCUGGUUUACUUUGUUCCCCUUCCCAAAUGAGAUGAUUCCAAGACCAAGGUCUUUUGGACCAAUUUUCAGUUCUUUCCAUCUCCAUCAACAGUUAAGCAGAGUGUGUUCAAUCAGAUUGUAUAUCCGAUAUUAUUAUUUUUUUUAUUCUAUUUUUUUACUGCCAGCUUAUUUCAAUUCCUUACGUUCUCCUCUACGGUAUGAUAUUCACUGUAAUAAACUCGAGAAUUUUGGCUUAGAAUAUUCUUGUUACUCGUGAGUAGUAGUGCAUCAGUUUGAGAUGGCGAAUUCAAUGUAUGCACGAAAACGAUUGCUUUCCA